AUGGUUCACCUCGGACAAGUCACCAAUGAUUCGGAGAUCCAGAAGGAUGCCCAGGAUGGCAUUGACAUGACCAACUUGGGGCCUGAGGGCAGCCAGCCUGAUGACUUCGAGACCAGCAUCUACGGCAGUCGUUUUGCAGCAGAGGACCUACCCAGACAUGAGAUGCCCGAGAAGGAGAUGCCAGCUGCCACUGCCUACAGAAUGAUCAAGGACGAUCUGACUCUGGAUGGCAACCCCACUCUCAAUGUUGAUUGGUGCAUUGCUGAUGUUCCAACAGUUACCGCCGACAUUCAGAACCGCUGUGUCAACAUGAUCGCCCGUCUCUUCAACAUCCCCACCCACGACGAUGACUCCAACGCCAUGGGUACCUCGACCGUCGGCUCAUCCGAGGCCAUCAUGCUCGCAACACUGGCAAUGAAGAAGUCCUGGGUCAACAAGCGCAAGGCAGAGGGCAAGGAUUACUCCCGUCCCAACAUUAUCAUGAACUCUGCUGUCCAGGUGUGCUGGGAGAAGGCUGCCCGUUACUUUGAUGUCGAGGAAAAGUACGUCUACUGCACAAAGGAUCGCUACGUUAUCGACCCUAAGGAGGCCGUCGACCUGAUCGACGAGAACACCAUUGGUAUCUGCUCCAUCCUCGGUACCACCUACACUGGUGAGUACGAAGACACCAAGGCCAUCAACGACCUCCUGAAGGUCGUCUCGAUCAAUGUUUCUGGUCACAAGUACGGUCUCGUCUACCCCGGUGUCGGCUGGUGCAUCUGGCGUGAUCCCAAGUAUUUGCCUACCGAGCUGAUCUUCAACAUCAACUACCUUGGUGCUGACCAGGCUUCUCUUACCCUCAACUUCUCUCGUGGAGCUUCCCAAGUCCUGGGCCAGUACUACCAGCUGAUCCGUCUCGGCAAGCACGGCUACCGCGCCAUCAUGUUCAACCUGACCAGAACUGCAGACUAUCUGGCUGCCUCUGUUCAGAAGAUGGGCUUCUUGCUCAUGUCUCAGACUCGUGGUAAAGGUCUUCCUCUGGUUGCCUUCCGCCUCAACCCUGAUGACGACCACAAGUUCGACGAGUUCGCUAUCGCACACCAGCUCAGACAGCGCGGCUGGGUCGUCCCUGCUUACACCAUGGCUCCUCACUCUGAGGGCCUGAAGAUGAUGCGUGUCGUUGUUCGUGAGGACUUCUCGCGCAGCAGAUGCGAUGCUUUGAUCGCCGACAUCAAGCUUGCCAUGGAGACUUUAGGCAAGAUGGAUGAACAGAAGAUCAAGGAGCACAAGGAGCAGAUCGCCAAGCACGGCACCGCUACUGGUCGUCAUAAGAAGAUGAACCAGCACUUCACUGACGAGAAGCACUCGCUGCAGGGCAAGACUGGCAAGACCCACGCCGUCUGCUAG